AUGUCUGACAAGAUCAAGGAGAUUGUCGAUAUCCCCCAGUCUUUCAUCCGCGAGGGCACCCAGUUCAUGACCAGGUGUACCAAGCCCAACAAGAAGGAGUACAUCCAGAUCUGCAGGGCCGUCGGCAUGGGCUUCGUCGUCAUGGGAUUCAUUGGGUACUUUGUCAAGCUCAUCCACAUCCCCAUUCACUCGAUCCUUGUUGGUGGAGCGUAA